AUGAACCUGGCGGACGCCAUGGCCAGGGCGAAGGUUCUGGACAUCGAUCUGCAGAAGCAGCUCUACAGCCACAUGAAAGGCAUGACACCCCUGCCUGGGAUCUACGACCCAGAUUUCAUUGCCUCGAAUCAGGAGGCUCGUGCUAACAAUGUCAUCAAGGGUACAAAGAAGGAGCAGAUGCAGCAGAUCAUCCAGGAUAUCAGGAAAUUCAAGGAGACGAGCGGCGUGGACUCCGUCGUCGUUCUCUGGACGGCCAACACGGAGCGCUACAGCGACGUGCUCACCGGCUUCAACGACACUAAAGUGAACCUCUUUAACGCGAUCGACCGCAACGAGAGCGAGAUUUCCCCGUCCACGCUGUACGCCGCGGCGUGCAUCCACGAGAAGGUUCCGUUCAUCAACGGCAGCCCGCAGAACACGUUCGUUCCGGGGCUGAUCGAGUACGCGCUGGAGAACAACAGCCUGAUUGGCGGAGACGAUUUCAAAUCCGGGCAGACGAAGAUGAAGUCUGUUCUCGUGGACUUCCUCGUUAGCGCAGGAAUUAAGCCCAUGUCGAUAGUGAGUUACAACCACCUGGGCAACAAUGAUGGUAUGAACCUGUCAGCGCCGCAGACGUUCCGGUCGAAGGAGAUCUCCAAGAGCAACGUGGUGGACGACAUGGUGGCCUCCAAUUCCAUCAUUUAUGAUAAGGGCCAGCACCCAGACCACGUCGUUGUCAUCAAGUAUGUGCCAUAUGUGGGCGACAGCAAGCGGGCCAUGGACGAGUACACGUCAGAGAUCUUCAUGGGCGGCAGGAACACCAUCGUCAUGCACAACACGUGUGAGGACUCGCUGCUCGCCGCGCCGCUCAUCCUCGACCUCGUGCUGCUGGCCGAGCUCUUCACUCGCAUCCAGCUGCGCAGGGAAGAGGAGGAGGAGUUCCACUCGUUCCACCCCGUCGCGUCGCUGCUCAGCUACCUCUCCAAAGCGCCGCUGGUCCCCUCUGGCACACCUGUCGUGAAUGCAUUGGCCAAGCAACGAGGGAUGCUUGAGAAUGUUCUCCGGGCGUGUGAGGUAGUUGCAGCGUCACCAGCGGCGUCCGUCGCAUCGUCCAUCAUGCGACGAUGGACCAACGGCGCGCGAGCCUUCAGCUCCGCAGCGGGCGGCGAUGUUAUCGGUAUCGAUCUCGGUACCACCAACUCCUGCGUCGCUGUUAUGGAGGGCAAGACCCCUCGGGUUAUCGAGAACGCGGAGGGCGCGCGCACCACUCCCUCCGUCGUGGCGUUCAACCCCAAGGGAGAGCGGCUGGUGGGCACUCCGGCUAAGCGACAGGCCGUCACCAACCCCACCAACACCCUCUUUGGCACGAAGCGGCUCAUUGGGCGGCAGUUUGACGAUCCGCAGACGCAGAAGGAGGCUAAGAUGGUGCCGUAUAAUAUCGUUCGCGCGCCUAGCGGGGAUGCAUGGGUGGAGGCGGGCGGACAGAAGUACUCCCCCAGCCAGGUCGGUGCCUUUGUCCUGGGCAAGAUGAAGGAGACAGCAGAGGCGUAUCUGGGUCGCCCGGUCUCGAAGGCUGUGAUCACGGUCCCGGCCUACUUCAACGACGCGCAGCGCCAGGCCACCAAGGACGCGGGGCGGAUCGCAGGGCUGGACGUGCUGAGGAUCAUCAACGAGCCCACGGCGGCCAGCCUGUCGUACGGCAUGGACCGCAAGGAGGGUCUGGUCGCUGUGUUUGACCUGGGAGGAGGCACCUUCGAUAUCUCCAUUCUGGAGAUUUCUGGCGGGGUGUUUGAGGUGAAGGCCACGAAUGGAGACACCUUCUUGGGAGGAGAGGAUUUCGAUAAUGCUUUGCUCCAGCAUCUAGUUGACGAGUUCAAAAAGGAGCAGGGCAUCGACCUCACCAAGGACCGCCUGGCUCUGCAGCGGCUGCGGGAGGCGGCUGAGAAGGCCAAAUGCGAGCUGUCCAGCACGAGCCAGACGGACAUCAACAUUCCGUUCAUCACUGCUGAUGCCACGGGAGCGAAGCACUUGAGCUUCACUCUUACCCGCUCCAAGUUUGAGACUCUGGUGAACCCUCUGGUGGAGCGCACGCGGCAGCCGUGCAAGGACUGCUUGAGGGAUGCGGGCAUAUCGGCGAAGGACAUCACAGAAGUGAUCCUUGUGGGCGGCAUGUCUCGCAUGCCCAAGGUGCAAGAGGUCGUGCAGGAGAUUUUCGGGCGGCAGCCGUCCAAGAACGUGAAUCCGGACGAGUGCGUGGCGAUGGGGGCGGCGAUCCAGGGCGGCGUGCUUCGGGGCGACGUGAAGGACAUUCUGCUGCUGGACGUGACGCCGCUGUCGCUGGGGAUUGAGACGCUGGGAGGAGUGUUCACGCGGCUCAUCAACCGCAACACCACCAUCCCCACCAAGAAGAGCCAGGUGUUCUCCACCGCAGCGGACGGGCAGACGCAGGUGGGAAUCAAGGUGCUGCAGGGCGAGAGGGAGAUGGCGGCAGACAACAAGCUGCUGGGGCAGUUCGACCUCGUCGGCAUCCCCCCCGCGCCCCGAGGCAUGCCGCAGAUCGAAGUGACGUUUGACAUUGAUGCCAACGGCAUCGUGCAUGUGGGCGCCAAGGACAAGGCCACGAACAAGGAGCAAGCCAUCACGAUUCAGUCGUCUGGAGGGCUGUCGGAUUCGGACAUUGAUCGCAUGGUGAGGGAGGCGGAGCAGUAUGCCGACAAGGACAAGGAGAGGAAGGCGCUGAUUGAGGCGAGGAACGACGCCGACACCACCAUGUACUCUGUCGAGCGGUCGUUGAACGAGCACAAGGACAAGCUGCCAAGCGACGUGGUGGAGGCAGUGCAAGCAGCUAUUGCUGAUCUCAAGGGGUCGUUGGAGAAGGAGAAUCUGGAGGAGAUCCGGGAGAAGAUCUCUGCCGCCCAGCAGGCCUCUCUCAAGAUCGGAGAGGCUAUCUCUAGGCAAGCGGGCAGCGGCAGCAGCUCGUCCUCUUCUGGAGCGGGGUCAACUGGAGGAGCACAGGAGGCGGAUCUCUCGUCUGAGCAGAUUCGUUUUCGGAUUGGGAUGGCCUCUAUUCUUGCCUGCUCGGCUGCAGCAUCAUCCAGCCGCCUCUCAUCAGGCCAUGUCGUCUCCUCUCAGGAGAAGCUCUGUGUAUCUUCUUCUCCUGUCCGCAUGACGUCAUCCGCGCAGCUGCGUACCUCCGCGUCCUCUCCCUGCCUGACCGCGCUGUCGCACAGCCAGUCGCAGACCGACCUGGAAGUCGCAAGCAGGAGCUCGUACCUUCCGGCGACGUCGCCGGCGAUUCCCCUUGACUUCGGGGAAGCCAACGAAGUCAGCGGCGAUUUGCCGUUUCCUCGCGAAGGUUAUUCGCUGGCGUUCGUGUACGGCACCCUGAAGAAGGGAUUCGGGAAUCACUGGCUUAUGCAGAAACUUAUGGCCGAUGGCGACGCCGUUAAAAUCGGGACCGCUCAAACGCUACAGAACUUUCCGCUCGUUUGCGGUCCGUUUCAGGUGCCGUUCCUGCUCCAUCUGCCUGGCAGCGGUCACAGGGUUCAGGGUGAAGUGUACGAAGUGAACGCGAAAGCAGUUGCUGCUCUAGAUGUUCUCGAAGGGACUGACCGGGGACACUACAUGCGCUGUCCGUUGAUGCUCUCGGAUCUUGUUAUGAGCGAGAAAUACGCCGCCGGUCUUGGCGACAGAUUUGCAAAUCUGAAGCAGGAGAACGACGGAGCCGAAGCGCCAGUAGCGUUCAUGGCGGAAGCGUAUUUCGCAGGGCUCGCGCACACCCCGGGACUCGCCAUGGCCCGGCCUAUUGAGAGCUACGACGCGAAUGCUGCAGCGACGUACGUUCCGAGGAAAUUCAGGCCUGAAGGGAAGACGUUUUUGGAGCACGUGCAUUCGUGGAUCGUUGACAAGAGGUUGCUGGCUGGAGUGAGCGCGAAGCAGUACAAGUACCCGCUUUCAGUAAUUUAA